GACAUCUAGCGGCGCUUUUCAGAGAAGCAGAUUCCUCAUGAAGGUUUUGGUUUCCAGGUCUUUGACGCGACUUAAAGUGAGGCCGAAUGAGUUUGACGAAGCGACAAAACUGCAGCUACUGUGAGCGGAGUUGUGUAGUUCAGCUUUGACGUUAAUUAAUGGACGAAAGAUGGGACUUUUUUCGAGGAGCAUGAAGAGGAAACACCCACAGAUAUACCACUCAAGGGUAACACAUGCAAGUCGAGUCAAGGGCUGUUAAUAAAGGCAGCACGGUGUGGAUAUGCCUUCAGCAUCAGUGGCACACAGAAUAGCCCCAAAUCCAGACAGAGGCUUAAGUUUAAGUUCGCUGCUGGGAAAUGACUAUGAAAGGAAGAAGAAACAACUUCAGCAGGAGCUUCGACUGGAAUACAAACAUGCUGCCAAGAUAAAGGAUCUGAAAACUAGUGAACCUCCAACACAACCCCAGGGUCUCUUACUACCCAUUGAGGAGAAGAUAUUGGUUCAGAAAAAACUAAGAGAGGAGAGAAAAAAAGAAUACAACCUCUUCCUACAAGAAAAAGCUAAAAUCGAAAGGUUUAAGAGGGGGACACCUCCUUUAACUUCAAAGCCUGGACAGGUUCAAGCUUCAGAUGCUGUGUACAUUUCUUCUCCAGCUUCUCCUCUGCCCAUCCUCAACAUCCAUAAACACAUCCACCCUCCUCCCAGGGAGCACCCUGCCUCCAGGAGAGUUGCUGCCACUCUGACUGAGGCAGUGGAUAAUGGAGAAAGCACAGGGACUCGGGGUCCAGGCCAUCGGAGGCGAAGGCAAAGGCAACUUCCCAAACCAAAAGAGCCCUAUAGCUCUGAGGAGGAGCCAAUCACAGACAAAGAGGAAGAGUUGGAGUUUAGACACAAGAGGCGACAAGAUGGACACACUCUAGAGCCAGAGUACACAGAGGGGAGGAGAACCAGAGAACGCAGAGCUAACAGCAGAGCUCCUCAGCGCACGAAGAAGGUGGGGGCCCCUAGUGUUCGAGAUCAGAACAACAAUGAAUGGGUUUGGAAGUCAGAUCCGCAAAUGCCAGACAGCACGAGGACGGCUGCAAGAUCCAGACCUGCUACCAGCAAGAAUACAGCCGGGUUUGGGACGGGACUAAUGAUUGGAGCAGCAGAAGAGCAGGCCGUCUCUCAGAUGAAGAAAGAAAAGUACAAGCAAGAGCUACUGAAACAAAUUGCUGAACAGCAGAGAAACAAGAUCAGGGAGAAGAAACUUGAGCUGAGGGUUGCCCCCACUCGAGCCACAGACCCUGGGAAACAGCCUGACCGACGAAAGCAGUUUGGGGCUAUAAAUCGUCAAUACGACAGCUGGAGACGAGACGUCUCACAAGAGGACACGGAACAGAGAGGCCCCCCAGGAAACACUCAUGUGGACUUCAGUACAGCUCCCAGUCAGCUGACAGAGAAGACAGCGCCUGGAUCUGGAACAAGAGCAGCACACGGUGUCCCCUCGCUCCACUAUUUGGACGAGGACUACCACAGGGACUCCUCAAGCAUGCUGGCAGAAGUGGCCAUCCCAAGGGUUGCUGGUGUUCCUCCCACUUUAACUAAUAACUACAAGACUCCUUAUGAUGCAGCUUACAACUACUAUGGGAACAGGAAUCCAUUAGAUCUUAAUCUUCCUUACAAUCAGAAUCUGCCUGGAGGGAUGCAUCCGUCUGGGGAUUUCCACAGCCAUCCUCAAAGACCACCUACUUUCAGACCCAGGGGCCACACGGAAGCAAGUGACCAGCAUAGUGCAUCUCCCCUGGAUGGCGGAGAGCUUCCUGCAGAAAAGUCCCAGCAGAGGAGAGAGAGGGCCCUGAGCUACCAAAACGCACUCAUGCAGCAGAUCAAUGAAAAAGAGGGGCGUAAAAGAAGAGAGAAAGAAGAGAAGGAGCAAUAUGAUGUUAAGCUAGAGGCUGAGAUGUUGGCAUACAACCCCUGGGGGAGAAGUGGAGGAGGUGCUUCAAUUAAAGACGAAAAAGGCAACCUUGUUAGUGACUUGAAUCAAAUGCACAAGACCAACGAGGAGUCGUAUCGGAAUCCUGUGUCCAGGAAAAGUGGACCGACACAAAGCUUUUCGAUGACUGACGCACACACUCCUGGAGCUGAAGGCAGGGCUCCCCUUUCCCAUCGACUACCAGGUUUCAAUGAUAAGCCAACUCCACAGCAGCUCCACGUGCAGGACAAAUACAAAGAAGACCUGAAACAACAGAUCAAUGAAAAAGAGGGGCGUAAAAGAAGAGAGAAAGAAGAGAAGGAGCAAUAUGAUGUUAAGCUAGAGGCUGAGAUGUUGGCAUACAACCCCUGGGGGAGAAGUGGAGGAGGUGCUUCAAUUAAAGACGAAAAAGGCAACCUUGUUAGUGACUUGAAUCAAAUGCACAAGACCAACGAGGAGUCGUAUCGGCAUCCUGUGUCCAGGAAAAGUGGACCGACACAAAGCUUUUCAAUGACUGACGCACACACUCCUGGAGCUGAAGGCAGGGCUCCCCUUUCCCAUCGACUACCAGGUUUCAAUGAUAAGCCAACUCCACAGCAGCUCCACGUGCAGGACAGAUACAAAGAAGACCUGAAACAACAGAUAGAGGACAACAAGCAGAAGCAGAAAGAGGAGAUGGAACGAAUGAGGAUUGAGGAGGAGAAAGAUGAGAAAAGGCUGGCGGCCCAGAGGGCCUGCAUACAGCAAGAAUAUGACAAGGAGCAAAGAAAGCAAAAGGAGAUGCAGCAUAUGAAGGAAAAAGCAGGUUGGAUCCAGGAAUCCAAAACUCAACACCAGGAGGAAGAAAAGAGGGUGAGACAGGAAGAGGAGAGUGAGAAGAAGGUACCUGAGAGCGCCAGAGACAGAGAGGAGAAAAAGGGGCUUUUGAGUUAUGAGCAGAGAGAGCCAUCUCCUCCCAUCCCAACCUUGCAGAGGAAGCAGACAGCGUUUGUGGCAUCCAGACCUUCGUCUGUUGAGAGCCAAUUCACCGCCAGGACUGGGCGGUCUGUGUCAGCACCACAUUCCCCACCAGUCCCUGAGAAAAUCUACCCGCUACAAGACGGUCAGCAGGAAGUGAUCAGAGAGCUCUCAGCCCUCCGUAAGUAUCUGAGAAAUGAGCAGAGACAACUGGAGCUUCAACGAUGCCAGACAGAUCUUCAGGAGAGUCACUACACUCCCUCCAACAGACCCACAGGACGACACAGAGAGGCCUUUAAAUCAAUGCACAAGCAAGCUGUCCAGCCAUCAACCAGGAGUCCCUUCUCUGGUGCUGCAGGAGUUAAUAUGCAAAAUAUCAGGGAGUUCAACCAGCUUAAGUACAGAGACACAGCGUCUCGUGAGGAGGUCCGUCACAUGUACCCGGACCCUCCCACUGAUGAACAAAGUCUGGACAUCCAACAGCAGGCACUUCUUCGUGAACAACAACGCAACAUCCGGCUAAUGAAGAGAAAGGAGGAGCACGAUGUUUUGGAACAGCCACUGAGCCACCAUCAGUCUAGGAACAAACCUGGACGCUCCAUCCACGCAGAAUCCACACUGCCAUCUGAGGCCUCUUUUAUUGAUGUUUACAGUGGUGAAGGGCCGGUUCAUCAACAGAGACGCCGUCAGCCCUCAGAGCGCCACGAGAGAACCACCUCAGGGAGGAGACAUGACUACGAUUGGGACCGUAACAACCAGCCAGGUGCUCAGUCUGUGCAGUCAGUGACUAGUUUGCACCUUGAAUGCAAAGUCAGGGACCACAACCAGCACCGCAUCACGAGACGAGACCCUGGUGAUUAUAGCUGCAGAUCAGAGGGGCCGUCUGUGGAUGAAGUGAAUGUCUCGUUGCUGCGUUCUGCCUUGGAGAGGCGUGUCUCCAUGGAGACUGUUGCCACAGAGGCGUGGCUGCGGCCCGGCACGUCAGAUACUGUAAAACGCGCCGUCUGUAUGGAGAGACCAAACAGUGGGAUGGAUGCUCCGCCCUGGCUGACACACCGCGUCUCAUAGCUUCCAUUAGCUGGUCUCCAAACCAGUGAGGAUAGCUCCCUUUUCCACGGACGGCUCUCCUGAGAAUGAACUUUGUUGCCGCGUGGUGCUUGAAUCACUUUCUGCAGUUUAGUUACAGCUUCAAAAGCUUUUCGGAGAGUCUGCCUGUAAAAAUAUUAAUGUCAGUUUAGACAAGAACCAUCUUACACGAGACUCGGUUGGUUUCGCUCAGUGUGAAAAGCGCACUUUUGAACCUGCAAUAGAUUUAGUCCAUGAAUGUUUUGGAUGAUGCAGAUCUGUGAAUACACCGUGAACACACAUGUGUGUUAAUGUAGUAAUUUAUUUUAGAAAUAUGAGUUUAUUUUAUUCUAAAAUGUUACGUGUGUCCUGGCUGGUCAUCAAUGGAGAAAAAUA